AUGGCCUUUGUACUUGUAAAAGGGAAAAUUUGGGACAUUGCCCUGCUGAAUUGCUAUGCUCCAACGGAAGAUAAGAAUAAUGAAAUUGGUCGGGAGUCUAGUUAUAGGUCUACCAUCGGACAAGAAAACCUACACGUGACGUCUAAUGAUAAUGGAGUACGAGUUGUAAACUUCGCCGUGUCGAAAAACCUUGUAGUAAGCAGUACAUUUUUCCCAAGAAAAGAUAUUUACAAACAAACAUGGGUAUCCCCCAAUGCAAUGACAAAGAGCCAAAUUGACCACGUAAUAAUAAACAAGCGACAUAAAUCCUGUAUAAGUAAUGUAAGGAGCUAUAGAGGAGUGGACGAGGAUACAGACCACUACCUCGUAGUAACAGAUUUUUCGGAAAAACUCUCAGUAAACUGGAGAAGAAAGCAACAACAAAAGCGAAGUAAGAAACAACUCAACUGGAAUAAAGCUAAGGACCCGAAAGAACUACAAAAGUAUCAAGCCAUAAUUGCUAAGGAAUUAAACGAAUUAAAUGAAUUAAGGUAUUCGUCGACAUCUGAAAUCGAAUUAGUCUGGGAUAAGAUAAAAAAUACAGUAACCGAAGCUGCAAGCACCUUUCAAGAGGAAAGCCGAAAACCAAAAAAACAUUGGUUUGAUAAAGCCUGUCAAGAUGCAAUAAGUAAUCGCAAUGCAUGCAGAAUACAAAUGUUACAAGAUGCAAGUGAGGAAAGGAUACAAGCCUAUAAAGAAGCAAGAAUUUUAGCUAACAGGAUAAUAAGACGCCAAAAGAGACURGCAGAAAAGAAAGCGAUUGAGGACAUUGAAAGUUACAAAACUAAUCCUAGACUGUUUUACAAGCAAUGUAAGUCGAUCAAGGAAGGAUUCAAAGCACGUAACUGCACUAUGUCGGAUGRMGAUGGGAACYUAGUWACUGGAACACAGGCCAUAACUAAUCUCUUUAGAGAACACUUUGAACAGCUGCUAAAGAACUCUCAAGAACCGAGCUUAGGCGAUAAAUACGAACAAAUAAUAUAUGACACUAUACAACCGGAGCUGCUGGAACCAAAUCUUGACGAAAUCGAGAUGAUCAUCAACUCUCUGAAGAAUAAUAAGUCGCCGGGAGAAGACAACAUUAACGCAGAACUUCUUAAGCUAGCUGGAUCACACCUAGCAAUACAAAUACAAAAACUACUUACUACUAAACUACUAAUUAAAAGUAUAUGUAUCAAUGAGCAGAUUCCCAAAGAUUGGAACACAGCGAUUGUGUGUCCGGUCUUUAAAAAAUGA